GUGCCCUCUCCCCGCGGGGUGGGACCUGCACCCCAUCCGCUCCGGUGACCAUCCCCUCCCCCUCCCUCCGCGGGACCAGCCGUCCCCGCCUUAGGGACGGAGGCGCACCCCCCGAGGGCUGGUGGGCUGACUCCCCCAGGACGGAACUUGUCACUUACACCUAACGUGCCGACUGUUAGGGAAUUUCCCGGGAAAGUGACAGAGAAGAGGCUGAGGCCUGCUCCUUCGCAUCUGCCCUGUUAGCGCUGGCCACACCCCCGUGCCGGGCUCGAACCCGGCCGGAAGCGGGCCCCCGCCGCCAGGGCUGGUGGCUGCUGCCCGUGCACCGCGUUAAAGUGCAGCGAUCGCCCCGUCGGGGACGCCCGCCGUCCUCCCCGGGAGCCGGCCUUGGCGGACUGCGCCCGGGGCCGGGCUGGGACCCCGCGAGCCGCCCCACUGCUUCCCUCCGGGCGGCGGCGGCCGCGGGGGUUUGGGGACCAAUAUUCCGGUUGUACAGGGCGGCGGGGCGGAACCUUUCUCCCCCGCCUGCUGUCGCUUCCCCCCGGGCCCAGGUGUCGCCGGACCGGGAGUGGAGGCUUCAUUACAAACAUGGCUCCUGCGGGCCCUGAGCCUGGGGAGCGGUCCUCCGGGCUGGAGGCUCCGGGACUCGCCGAAGACCGGCUCUUCCUGGUUAAAGGUGGACUUUUCCUAGGUACUGUGGCUGCUGCGGGAAUGCUAGCUGGAUUCGUUACAACGUUAUCUUUGGCUAAAAAGAGAAGCCCUGAGUGGUUCAAUAAGGGAAGCACGGCCACCGCGGCGCUGCCGGAGAGCGGGUCUUCCCUGGCCUUGCGAGCCCUGGGCUGGGGCUCUCUGUGUGCAUGGUGCGGGGUUGGCGUGAUCAGCUUCGCAGUCUGGAAAGCUUUAGGAGUUCACAGCUGCUUCCAAAGAUCCGACCAGCCCCUGCCCCCAGGAAGCAAGCUCCAAUUUCUUAUUCCGAUUACCGACGUCAGCAGACCAGCCUUGCUUCCUCCUCCUAAUGGAACUUACUGGAAGGCCCAGACACAGUCAUCAUGAUCUCGCAGAGAUAGUUCCAGCUGUCAAGCUCUCGGCCUUCAAACAGCAUGAAAGACUUUCGAAGUAAAAUGCAAUCAAUAUUUCCAGCAAUUCCCAGGAACUCCCAACCCGCUGUCGAGUGGGAGGAAGCAUUGAAAUCCAAAUGAGAUGAGCAUGGCGGGGAAUUCCCAAACGGCUGUUACAGAGAGUGGCUUCGGAGACGCCCGGCAGCCAAGGGACUCACGGAUUUCUCCUCGGGAAGACGCGCCCAGCGUGGUCUGCCCGCGGGUGGACACGGCCGGUGUGUUCACACUGUCCCUCGCUUUGCUGUAAACUUCACGUGGCGAGCCUGCGCAUCUGUGUCGUUUUGGGGGGAGGGGGGGGCGUGGAGGAUAAAUUUUUCCCAAAGUCAGGAAGACCGUUUAAAAUGAUGAUACGAUAACUUCUCUGUGUGGAGGAGAUCCCCGGGGCGUACUUCUGUGUGUGACUGUAACAGCUGAAGCCAAGUUCUGUACCUGAAAAAAGUUUCUAACAGCCUCUGAUGGAAAAUGCUGAUAACAGGUCCCAACUGCAGCAGCACCUCGGUGUGCCUUAUUGAAAGAGUUUCAGCAGGUCUUGCCUGUCAGUCGUGGCUGUUGGGACUUGGGACACUCGCUCCUGCCGCAGACUCUGCAGUGACGGCCGGGAGGACAGAGCCUGGGCAGCUGGGCGCUGCCCUCGGAGCCAGUCUGACCCGCACGUGCUCCUUAUGAACCUAUAGCCCCACCUGCAGCCUGUAAAUGCUCCCAUUGGGCAAGAGCCAGUGACAGAUUACAAUGACUCGGAAAGGUACAGCUGUGCUCAAAUAAGGGCAAGGACAUCAUGGGCCUUAGACAUAGUAUUUUGAGAAAUUGGUCCCGGGUCCCUAAACAUUAACUGACAGUUUGUAGUUUUGUCUCAGUUGUUAAUGUAAAAAUUGCCCAAUUAUCGCCUACCUAAACAAGUAUUUUUAACCAGAAAAUUAUCUGAGUGUUAAGUCUCAGUAUUAAUUAUUUAGUACUGCCUUGCUGAUGACACUGGCAAAGUCUUAUAUACACACCCAACCCUUUUCUGUCCUCCAUGAGCUCUUACAGAAAACAGAAUAAUGUCUAAUUGCAAUUAUUUUUUACUGGAGAUUUAAAAAUUUUAAAGAAAAAGGAUAUGUCAAUAUGUCCGGAAAAAUAACCUCUGGUUGAAUAUCAAUUGUCCAAUUUCUUUAUCAUUGUUUAGGCCCUAAUUAGCAAUCAGGUUUAAUAAAGUGUAUUUGAAAUUAA